UGUGUGGAAUCAGGUAGUGCUGUCUGCAGAGUGUAAACCUUUAUUUCAUUAAGUAGGAAUAACAGAUACAGUAAUUCUAUAUUAAAUCCCAAGAGUUUUAUUCUAAAUUGGUAAUGUGACUUUGAUCUCUCGAGUUUUUUCAAAUCGUUUUUAAUUUGUGGUUGAGUCUUCAUGAACUUUUAGUGUGUCAUCAGGGAAUAGUCGAUUCCCCUUUUAUGAAACCUUUGAAUUUCAUUUACCCUUAGUGUUGAAAAGUGUCAGAAAAUUGAAAUGGACACAGAUGAUUGUAUCUACCCUCCCUUUCAGGAAAGCCAUGUUGACUUUAACAUAUCAAAAAAGAAAGUUCAGUUAUGAUUGCAGGGGGUAAUGAUAGUUUGAUCCACAAACUGUUUGCAGUGUAAAAGUGAAAUACCUUAGCUGACUUAGUUCAUUUUUGAAAGUUUUGAAUAGCUAAAACAAAGUUGGCAAAUAGGCUCAUAGAGCAGUUACAGAGUAAGACUAAAUUCAUAUUUGAUACAGAUUCCUCUCUGCCUCCCAUUCUGGAAGGAUUUAGUUUUACUGUUUGGUGUUUAGGAUAAUGAUUGUUCUAUUUUUCUCACCCUACUAUGUGAAUAUAUAUUCUGUUAGAGAUGGGCUGUUAUCUGCAAUGUGGACUCAAUACCAUGGGCUUGAGUUUAGUUAGUUCAUCAUUAGAGAUUUUUUUUCAACAGUUGGUUUACUUUAUGAGAAAGGAUCAUGAGUUUAAUUUUCCCACUGAUAUAUUUGUGUUCUCAUUGCCAAGAUAUAAGUUUCUUAAUGAUUUGUUACCUUUUUCUAUUUUCCUAGACUAGUAUUAAAAUUUUGAUGGCGUAUGGGUUUGGUUCCACUUGUAGAGAAUAAAUGUUCACAACUUACUGGUAUUAGCACACAUCACAUGCAGAAAUGGUGUUUUCUUGCCACUUACUCUUUCUCAUAAGAUGCUUAUAUUCCUGUGGGCAUUUGUCUUCCACACUGCAGCACGUAAUUUGAUGAAACUGAUUUUCCGUGCAAGAGCUUGUGUUUCUCCAACUCUGGGUUCAUGGACCACUUCUUUUCAUUGGUGUAUAGGAGGCGGUUAGAACGUGGUGGUGGAAUGCAGGUUUUAGGUUAGCUGGGUGUGAAGAAUCCCAGGUCUUGGGAUAGCCUUGGCAAGUUACUCAGCUCCUCUAAGUUAGUCUCUUGGUCUGUCAGAUGACAGUAAACCUCAGAGUUGUGAAAAUUAAAUGGAUAUAAUGUGUGUAAAGCACUUAGCAUGAUGCUUUAUACAUUGUAAAACUUUCAAAAAUAGGAGUAGUUAUUCUUACAAAGAAAUGUGAAGAAGAGGCCUAGUGGGCUGCAUGUUAAUAAUAGUUUUUAGUUAAUGACAAUUAAAUCACAUCUUAGAUGUUUAUCAUCUGCAUGGUACUUUUCUGGUUGCUGCUUUAACCUUUGUAUAGUUGAAAGUCUGUAAACUUUCUAGUAUUCUUUGAUUUCUGGCCCAUCUCCCUCCUACCAUUCACGCUUAUAUUUUUUGGUUCGAGUCACCAUUCCUUGCAAAACUAAUUAAAUACAUUCCUAAAUACGUAAUAUUGCCAAUAUUCAUUCACAUCCACCACGUCUAGGUCCAAGUCUUCAUCUUCUUUAUGCUGGUCUAAUUUUUGCUGAGCCCUAGAACCAAAGACAGACUCUGGGGGUUGAUAUGGGACCUCCAGAAUGGGGAUUGCACAGAAUAAUCUUAUUUUUCCUCUAUUCUUCUAGUCUGUUAUGUUCUGAACCCACACAUGUUUUCGGAAGGACCAGAUGGCUGACACUGGCUAAUGGGAACCAAAAGACGAGUGAAAGUAACCUGGUUGUCACAUACCCCCAGCUUAGAGGUGCUUCACCCUGCCCCAAGAUAUGGUUUUGUGGAGUUUGAUGAUCUGCGUGAUGCAGAUGAUGCUGUGUAUGAACUGAAUGGCAAAGACCUUUGUGGUGAGCGAGUAAUUGUUGAGCAUGCCCGCGGCCCACGGCGAGAUGGCAGUUACGGUUCUGGACGCAGUGGAUAUGGUUAUAGAAGAAGUGGCCGAGAUAAAUAUGGCCCUCCUACUCGCACAGAGUACAGACUUAUUGUGGAGAAUUUGUCAAGUCGGUGCAGCUGGCAAGACCUAAAGGAUUAUAUGCGUCAGGCAGGAGAGGUGACUUAUGCAGAUGCUCACAAGGGACGCAAAAAUGAAGGAGUGAUUGAAUUUGUAUCUUACUCUGAUAUGAAAAGAGCUUUGGAAAAGUUGGAUGGAACUGAAGUCAAUGGCAGAAAAAUCAGAUUAGUUGAAGACAAGCCAGGUUCCAGACGACGCCGGUCCUACUCCAGAAGCCGGAGUCAUUCAAGGUCUCGCUCUCGAAGCAGACAUUCCCGUAAGAGCAGAAGCCGAAGUGGCAGCAGCAAAAGCAGUCAUUCUAAGAGUAGAUCCCGGUCCAGGUCGGGCUCCCGCUCCCGGAGCAAGAGCCGGAGCCGGAGCCAGAGUCGGAGCCGGAGCAAGAAAGAGAAAAGCAGGAGCCCCAGCAAGGACAAGAGCCGCAGCCGCAGCCGUAGCGCUGGCAAGAGCCGCAGCAAGAGCAAAGACCAAGCUGAAGAGAAGAUCCAAAACAACGACAGUGCCGGGAAACCCAAGAGCCGGAGUCCUAGCAGGCAUAAAAGUAAGAGCAAAAGCCGGAGCAGGAGUCAGGAGAGGAGGGUGGAGGAGGAGAAGCGAGGGAGUGUGAGCAGGGGCAGGAGCCAGGAGAAGAGCCUCCGCCAGAGUCGGAGCCGGAGCAGGAGCAAAGGGGGCAGCAGGAGCCGGAGCAGGAGCCGCAGCAAGAGCAAGGACAAGAGGAAGGGCAGGAAGAGGAGCAGGGAGGAGAGCCGCAGCCGCAGCCGCAGCCACAGCAAGAGUGAGAGGAGCAGAAAGCGAGGCAGCAAGCGAGACAGCAAGGCGGGCAGCAGCAAGAAGAAGAAGAAGGAAGACACUGACCGCUCCCAGUCCAGAUCUCCAUCCCGCUCCGUGUCAAAGGAGCGGGAGCACGCCAAGUCUGAAUCCAGCCAGAGGGAAGGCCGAGGAGAGAGUGAGAAUGCUGGCACCAAUCAGGAGACCCGGUCCAGGUCGAGAUCCAAUUCCAAAUCGAAACCAAACCUUCCAUCAGAAUCACGCUCCAGAUCAAAGUCAGCUUCAAAAACGCGAUCUCGGUCAAAGUCUAGAUCCAGGUCUGCUUCCAGAUCACCCUCCCGAUCUAGAUCUAGGUCCCACUCAAGGUCCUAACUGGCUACGGCCACAGCUGGAACUACCCGAGAAGUCUUUUGUACAUGUUUGGUAGCCGUAGCACAAGUGAUUGGAGUAGAACAUGUCACUGCUGUACAUUUUUAACUCCCCUAAUGGUGUGUCUAUAAUUGUUAAAUCUAAGUGCUUCCUCUCAGUAAAGCCUCCUGGCGCCAGGCCUUCCUGCUCGACUGAAGAAAAUUUUCUCUUUGAAAAUCCCCUUUUAUUCAUGGCCCACAGUAGAAUAUCCAAAACGCCUUGGCUUCAGGCCUGGCCUUUCCUACAGGGAGCUCAGUGACCUGGAUGGCUCUAAGGCUGGAAUGACCACAUAGGUAGGUAUGGUGAGUUCAACCAUUUUUGCUCUUGAAUUGAUGCCCUUCGAUGUAUGCCAUUUAGUGAAAGUGCUAAGUCUUAAGUUUCCUACCACUUUGGUUUCAUAUUUUUGGACUUAACAAAGUUGUGAAUAGCACAGUCGAGGAAAAUUGAUACCUGCAGUAACCCAUAGGAAAUAAACUGUAGAGUUCCAUAUUCUGGUAUUGUGAUUAUAUUGUUUUAUAUUAAAAAAGAAAAGAAAAGAAUUUUUUUUAAUUUUAUUUUUCCCCGUCUUGCAAAGUAUAGUGACCCCUGUUUCCAUUAAAUUUGAAUAAAGACUAUUUUUGCUUGACAAAA